AUGGCUUGUAAGGUAUCGCCUUAUUCCUUCAUGUACACCGUAAAAGACCCAGAUUCCCACAGCGAAUUUGGGCACCAGGAGACCAAAGACAGCUUCGACACAAAGGGACACUAUUUUGUCCACCUUCCCACAGGUAGCCAUCAAUAUGUGUCCUACUAUGUCAGUGCCAAUCAUGAGACUGCCCCCAUCGUUCAUAUACAACACCCAGGCUACACAGGAUACUCACAUGAGAUGUUCGAUGUCUCGCCUGAACUUUAUUCUAGAUCCCUAUCUUACAGUAAAAGUGAGUUCCCGAAUUUCAGCAAAGUUAAGAUACCUACUUACAGCAACGUUGAAAUCCCGAAUUACAGCAAAGUUCAUGUUCCAAAUUACAGCAACGUUGAAGUCCCAACUUACAGCAAAGUUGACGUAUCAUCAAACAGUGAAAAAUACGAAGAACCUUCUUACACAGUAUCUGAAAUACCCUCGUCUAGUAAACAUGGUGUCCUGUCUAAAAGUGAAUAUGAAGCACCUGCAACCAACGGUCUCGGAGCAGUGGCUUCCCCUCAAUAUGCCUUCGGUUACGGAGUCAAAGACGACUACACAGGCAGCGAUUUCGGACACGAGGAGACCCGGGAUGGCUACGACACCAAAGGAAGUUACUAUGUUAAUCUUCCCGACGGUCGCCUUCAGAAGGUGUCCUAUUACGUGAGCGGUGACUCCGGCUUCGUAGCUGAGGUGACCUAUGUCGGAGAAGCUCUGUAUCCGGACGAGUCAACUAAAACGACAUAUGUCUAGGAACAACAACAAGCUGAUUGCUCAACUCACGUAGGUUAAUAGUUCUAUUUAAC